GGGAAAGCGGACGCCAACGCAGGACACAAGCUGAUAAAGCCACAGGCGAAAUUGUGUUUCGCUCCGUUUUCUGAAAGUUGAAGAAGAAACUUUCACUUCAAGUCUACUGUCUUGACUGCGAGAUCUAAUCAAACAAUUGUCCGUCGUAGUAGCAGCAUGGAUAGCGUGGCGGCACUGCUUCUUUUGUCAUAUGUAUGAUCCACCUUCUUAGCCUUCGAGAAUCCUUCACGCCAUCGAAACAGAGCAACUAUCCAGCAGCUAAGAACCCAAUGAAAGUCUAUGCCUUAUGGAUAUCGCUGGCCGUUGUUCUGGCCUUAGCGAAGAUCGGAGUGACGGAACAACGCAUACCCACUACUUUGGAUGGCCCGUUUAAGCCAGUGACUCGCCGUUUCGACCCAUCGCUUCGUCGGGGCAGCGAUGACUUGCCCAUGACACAUCCAAGGCUCAAGAAGAAUGUCACCUCAAAUUUCCCGGAACAGAUUGCUCUAGCGAUUUCUUCGCCUACUGCAAUGUGGGUUUCCUGGGUUACCGGGGAUGCCCAAAUUGGUUUAAAUGUGACCCCUCUUGAUCCUUCAUCGGUUGGAAGCGAGGUGUGGCAUGGGAAAGAAAGUGGGAAGUAUAGUAGCGUUAAGAAAGGAAAUUCUCUAGUUUACAGUCAGUUGUAUCCCUUUGAGGGCCUGCGGAAUUACACUUCGGGCAUUAUUCACCACGUCAAAGUCGAUGGUCUUGAACCUGGAACCAAAUAUUAUUACAAAUGUGGAGAUAGUUCUAUUCCAGCUAUGAGUGUGGAACAUACUUUUGAGACUUUUCCAGUGCCAGCCCCAAACAGUUAUCCUCGUCGAAUAGCUGUUAUUGGAGAUUUGGGGCUGACAAGCAAUUCCACCACAACUAUUGAUCAUCUAACUUACAAUGAUCCUUCAAUGAUUUUAAUGGUUGGAGACUUAACGUACGCAAAUCAGUACCUUACCACAGGUGGGAAAGGAGCUUCAUGCUAUUCAUGUGCAUUUCCGGAUGCACCUAUUAGAGAAUCAUAUCAGCCCCGGUGGGAUGGGUGGGGAAGGUUUAUGGAGUCGUUGACCUCUGAAGUGCCUAUGAUGGUUAUUGAAGGGAACCACGAGAUUGAACCUCAAGUUGAUGGGAUCACAUUCAAAUCUUAUCUGUCAAGAUUUGCAGUUCCUGCUGAAGAAUGUGGCUCGAAGAGCAACUUUUACUACUCUUUCAAUGCUGGGGGUCUCCACUUUAUUAUGUUGGGAGCAUAUGUUGACUACAACAGGACCGGAGCACAGUAUGCUUGGCUGAAGCAGGAUCUCAAGAGCAUAGAUCGUAGUGUAACCCCUUGGCUGGUAGCUGCAUGGCAUUCUCCUUGGUAUGACAGCUAUGCCUCACACUAUCAAGAAUUUGAGUGCAUGAGGUUGGAAAUGGAAGCACUUCUGUAUCAAUACAGUGUUGAUAUUGUUUUUACUGGCCAUGUGCAUGCAUAUGAGCGGAUGAAUAGAGUUUAUAAUUAUACAUUGGAUCCAUGCGGACCUGUUUACAUUACUGUUGGAGACGGUGGAAAUAUUGAGAAAGUAGAUGUUGAUCAUGCAGAUGACCCUGGGAAGUGUCCUUCCCCUGGAGAUAACAAACCAGAAUUUGGAGGGGUUUGCCAUUUAAAUUUUUCUUUUGGUCCUGCCAAAGGUAGCUUCUGUUGGAACAAACAACCUAAUUGGAGUGCAUUUAGAGAAAGCAGCUUUGGACAUGGGAUACUGGAGGUUUUGAACUCUACAUAUGCCUUGUGGACUUGGCAUAGAAAUCAAGAUACUUACGGGGAAAAUGCUGUCGGGGACCAGAUAUUCAUUGUGCGGCAGGCUGAGAAGUGCUUAAAAGACUCAAAAGGAAGACCUCAGGCGAAUAUCACCUUUAAGUGCUUUGAGUUCCUGGUCAAGUUAGAGCAAUCUCUUGCUCCCUCUUCUUCUGCUGCUUCCAGAAGCCUGUCUCAUGAUUUCUCUCUCGUGUCACAGUUCUUGGGUGGUCUCUUUUUGCUUUACCUUCUCAGUUAGAGUGAAACAAGGUGCUGCAAAGUUCCUCAGCCAAAGUUCGCCUCCAGAUAGUGGGAUAAAAUGAUUUGUACAUAAAAUCAGAACGAUCAAAUGCAGAGGCCUGGCCGGCCCGUCUUCAACAAUCAACAGUGCAUUUCCUUGAGGGAGGUACUUUAGGAUGUUUGUCUGUGCAAGAAAUUUCAUAUAUUACUAUUUUAGAUGGAUGUGGCUUUAUGUGGUGUUUGUGUGAGGGAGAUGAAGUGAAAACGAAGCAACAGAUGACUGCUGAGUAUGACCAAUAAAGUUGCCUUGUCAUAAAUGAGAAUGCCAUAAAGUGCGAGCAGGGAAUGGAAUUUUAUCAUUCAUAUGUGAUUUUCUUUUUAAAAGAAUAUGUUUUAACUUGGCCUACAAUGCAAAUUAAAUUCCUUAACAUUACUUUGGUUAUUUAUUUUUUUCAUUUUUAUAUUUAUUUUAAAUUUAAUAUAAACCUGCCAAGUUAACUCACA